AUGGUUCGAAUUACCGAAGAAUUGGUGAGAAAAAAAUCAGAACACAAUGAAAUGCUUAUUAGCACUUUGGAAGAACUAUCACUGCAUCAGGAGGAUAUCGAACGCAUUGAGCAUCUUCAAAAUUGGUGCCGAGAUUUAAAAAUUCUCUUGUUGCAAUCGAAUUUAAUUUCCAAAAUAGAAAACCUUAACAAAUUGAAACGUUUGGAAUAUCUAAAUUUAGCUCUCAACAAUAUUGAACGCAUCGAAAAUUUACAACAUUUGGAAUCGCUUAAUAAAUUGGAUUUGACAUUGAAUUUUAUUGGUGAAUUGACAUCGAUUGAGUGCCUAAAAGACAAUUACAAUUUGAAAACUCUCAUCCUAACGGGUAAUCCUUGUUGUGAUUAUCCCAAUUAUAGAGAAUAUGUUAUUGCAACGCUGCCACAAUUAGAAAGUCUAGAUUGCCAAGAAGUAACUCAGACGCACAAGUUGCAAGCCAAGCCACAUUUAAAAGAAUAUCGGGCAGCUAUUGUUCAGCGACAGGUCGUCUAUGCCAUGCAACGGGAUGAGCAGAAAAUACGUUUUCUCCAACAGAAGGAAGAGUUGGAGGCGAAAAUGUCAAGCAUUGACGAUGAAAGUGAACGCAUUAAAACAUUUUGGGAUUCCAAAAGUGAAAAUUGUCCAGAAAUACGUAUCGAAAUGGCAAAAUACCAAAAACAGUGUCGUCAAAAAGAAAAUUGCAAUGGGGUUGAUAAACCUAUUAAGAAAAAUCCAACAUUGUUUGCUCCCUGUGGUCGCCCAUAUAAUCUUAAUAAACCGGAUUUAACUUUCAGAUUGAAGGAUGAAGCUAAUGAAUAUAUUUUGGAAUUGGAUGUUUAUAAAUAUCUCGAAACGUCACACCUAAAAGUGGAUGUGGAAAUCAACUAUAUUCGAGUUGUGGUAAAAGGAAAAAUAUUUCAAAUAGCCUUAAACGAAGAAGUUAAACCGUCCGAGUCAAUUGUUCAACGUUCUCAAAUCACCGGCCAAUUAGUUAUUACAGCACCUAAAUUAAAUGAGAAUAAACUAUUGUCUAUGAAAUCUGAAGAAAAAUCUUUGGGCAUAUCUAAUAGGGAAUAUGCAACACGAAAAAAAUCGACGCUAAAAGGAACUGUUGAUAUAAAGAAUAUUUGCAAUAAUGCGAACAAUGAUGAAAUACCUGAUCUAAUUUAA